AUGUCAAAAACACGAACGCUUCAGCAGCUGGCUCACGAUGAAGCGGCCCGCUUUCCGCUGGGAGCCACGACCAUCAGACAGCAUUUGUACGUAGACGACAUCCUGGCCGGCGAGGACUCUCCGGACCGGGCCCGUGAGGUGCAGACCCAGCUCGUGGAGCUCUUGCGCGCGGGUGGCUUUGCGCUAAGCAAAUGGGCUUCUAGCUGGCCGGACCUGUGUCCGCGGAUGGAGCAGGAGAAGAGACUCUUGCCCCCGAGCGAGGUGGUCGGGGCAUUGGGAGUCAGUUGGGACCUCCAGACGGAUGCCUUGGUGCUGAAGGUGACUCCAUUGGGAGGACACGCUGACACACGCACUUGGACCAAGCGAAUGGCGCUAUCCAAUGUGGCCCGACUGUUCAACCCGUUGGGAUGGGCUGCGCCGGUGCUCGUGUACGCGAAGAGCUUCCGGGCCUCGCUGGGGCAGCUGAACGAGGUGCGCCUUCCUAGGUGGGUCCACUUUGGAGCAGAAAAUGCGAGAGUUGAGCUGCACGGCUUCUCGGACGCCUCCGAGAGGGCGUAUGCGGCAGUCGUUUACCUGCGGACCGUCGACAACCAAGAGCGGGUAGCGACGCACUUACUGGCUCGUACCAAGGUGGCCCCCGUAAAGACGCAGAGCGUACCAAGGCUGGAGUUGUGUGGAGCGGUGCUCCUGGCCAAACUCUUAGAUCGUAUCGUGAAGGGCCUUAACAUGGAGAGCUGUCCAGUUUACGUGUGGACGGACGCGCAGGUGGUGCUUGCAUGGCUCCGAUCUCACGCCUCCCGGUGGAAGCCAUUCGUGGCCCACCGGGUGGCGGAGAUUCAAGGGCUCUUACCCGGCGACCACUGGAACUACGUCCAGACUUCCUCCAACCCUGCGGACCUUGCUACUCGUGGCAUCGACUCGUCUGAACUCCUUGGCCGGACCCUCUGGUGGCAUGGACCGGCCUGGCUUGGCCAAGCGGAGACUAGUUGGUCCAUGAGGGAGAUCUCCCCCUCUGCAUCCAUACCUGAGGAGGAGCGGAGGGCUGUUGCUCACACGAAUCAAGUGUUCCUGCACAACGCUCGGAAGCUGGAGCCCGCUCAGAGUGGCUUCUUGACUUCCUCCGAACAACACCGGAACCGACUGACUUGGAUAAAGCAGGCUCAACAAAAGGUGUUCCCGGACGAGCUGAUGGCGCUGAGGACUGGACGCUCGAUCUCCGUCCGGUCACCGUUGCGCGGACUUUACCCGAUGCUGGACGAGGAGGACCUUCUUCGAGUGGGAGGCAGACUCCAGGCCGCCCUACUUCCGUUCGGUGAGCGGCAUCCACUGCUGCUGCCAAAGGAUGGGCACCUCACCUUGUUGGUGAUCCGCCAGGCUCACCACGCCACUCUCCAUGGGGGACCGCAGCUUAUGCGGGGCUAUCUGCUGCGCCAUUUCUGGAUUCCAGGGGGUGCCUCUCGGAUUCGCCAAGUGGCGCAUCAAUGCGUGCGCUGCGCCCGCUUUAAGGCGGAUCUUGGCCAGCAACGCAUAGGUCGACUGCUGGCGGAGAGAGUGCAGCCGGCGCGACCAUUUCUUUUCUCUGGUGUGGACUACGCCGCUUUUAAGCGAUUUACCAACAGGCGAGGUCGCUGCACGCUGUUGCUAAGCGACAACGGCACAAACUUCCGCGGAGCAGAUGCGGAGCUGAGAGGGAUGUUCCGAGCGGCCUCAUCGUUCUCCAACGAGGAGGCGGAUGUCCGCUCCGUCAAGCACCACCUACGCCGCCUCUUGGGCGACCAGGUCUUGACGUACGAGGAGCUCGCAACUCUGUUGUGCCAGAUCGAGGGUUGCCUCAACUCAAGGCCCCUGGGUCCACUGAGCCAGGACUCAUCCGACCUGGUAGCGCUAACUCCGGGCCACUUCUUGGUGGGGGAACCGCUGACGAACUUGCUUGAGCCGGUGACUACGGAUCCACCGGCAACGCUAACCAAUCGCUGGCGACUGGUCUCCAGCUUGAGGAGCCACUUUAGGCAGAGAUGGGCGAAGGAAUACCUUUACACGCUCCAGCAGUCGUCAAAAUGGCAUCGCCAACGAGCUAACCUCAAGGAGGGAGACCUUGUGCUGGUCAAAGAUGAGAUCUUGCCACUAGCCAAAUGGGCGCUGGGGCGUAUAGUCGAGGGCUUGUUCGAUUGUCAAUCUCUUGCCAAGGAGAAUCACGCAGGUCUUCGCCAUUUAGUCGAUGGAGUUCUGAAACAUAUGAGGGCGCUGAAAGCUAUUGGUCGUCCGACUGAUUGUGAGUCAUGGGAUGAUCUCAUCAUACAUCUGAUAACCGGCAAAUUAGAUCAUAGCACAAACAAGGAAUGGAAAAACGGCAUCAAAGAGGCCGACAUUCCCACUUUGCAACGCUUAACGGAUUUUAUAGAGCACAGGUGUUAUAUGUUUGAGGCAGUUAACAGGAAAAUCUAA